AUGGCGGCGCCCACGGUGCGGCACGGGGUGCUCCUGGCCCGGAGUUUGGCGCUCUCUCGGUCCUCCCUGGCAGGUAAAAGAUGCCUGCUGUCUGCAGCUUAUGUGGAUAGUCAGAAAUGGGAAGCAAGAGAAAAAGAGCUUUGUAAUCUAGCUGACCUGGCCUCCUUAAUGGAUAGAACCUAUGAGAAAAAACUGCCUGUCAGUUCUUUGACAAUUUCACGGUUCGUGGACAACAUUUCAUCCCGAGAAGAGGUAGACCAUGCUGAAUAUUACCUUUACAAGUUUCGUCAUAGUCCCAAUUGUUGGUACCUGAGAGAUUGGACCAUGCACAGCUGGAUUAGACAGUGUCUCAAAUAUGGUGCAGAAGACAAAGCCUUGUAUACUCUUGUCAAUAAGGUACAAUAUGGAAUUUUCCCAGAUAACUUUACAUUUAAUUUGCUCAUGGAUUAUUUUAUAAAGAAAGAAAAUUAUGAAGGUGCUUUAGCAGUGGUUUUCCAGGUCAUGCUGCAGGAAGACUUUGCCACCCCCUCCACUCAGCUGCUCUCCCUCUAUGUCUUGUACCAGUGUCUAGCAAAGAAGUCAGAAUUCAGCUGGGAGGAAGAAAAAAAUGUUGGAGCAUCCUUAUUACUGCUGGGCCUAAAACAAGAGAAUACUCUAUGCUUGAGUUCCCAAUUGUAUGGCUAUGCACUUCUGGGGAAGGUGGAGCUGCGCCAAGGACUGCGGGCUGUGUUCCGGGACAUGCCUCUGAUGUGGAUCCCGGGGUAUCUGGACAGAGCGCUCAAGGUCAUGGAACAAGUGAUGUCUUCCCCAGGAGAUGUGAAGCUGUGUCAAGAAGCUCUCGGUGCACUGGAGACAGCGCUGACGUCUCUGCUGACUUCUCCCACAGACGGGCCUCCUGCCGACGGGGCACAGGAAUCAGAACCCAGUGAUCAGUUAGACCAGGAGCAGAGCGAGCAGUCCAAGCUGCCCGAGUACCUGGAUCGGUUUAAGUUGUUGCACUCCGAGCUUCAGGCCCAGGGCAGAGUGGCGACAGAGUCCCUGUUGUCCCUGACCACGCAGCUGGUACAGGAAAAGCUGCCAGCCUGGGAGGCGGAGGACAUCCAGAACUACGAGCAAAAGCUGCAGCAGUGGCACCAGGAGCAGGCCGAGCUCCUUCAGAGGGAAAGGGCAGCCCGGGAGAAGGCCCGCCUGGAGCAGGAGGCCCGGAAAGCCGCCGCUACAUCGGCCUAAUCUCGCCCCCGUCCCUCCCGCCCCGCCGGCUGUGGAUUUCUCCCACAAUAAACUGAAGUGAACUCCA